AUGAAACGAGCCUUCCUCUUGUUUGCUUGUUUCAGGAUGAGUCUUUCAUCUGAUGAAGAGUAUGAGUUCAGCGACUCAGAGAUCGAAGAGUUUUCUGACACUCCGUACAAGGAAAUACAGAAUGGGAAAUACAAAGUUAAGGUGAACGGAAGGCUGAGAUGCCCGUUUUGUGCAGGCAAGAAGAAGCAAGAUUACAAGUACCAGGAUCUACGCGCACAUGCCUCUGGGGUUUCCAACGGAGCUGCAAGAGGAAGUGCUAAACACAAGGCUAAUCAUCUCGCCUUGGCAAAGUAUUUAGACAAGGAUCUUGCUGGUGAGGCAGAGCCUCUUCCACGCCCUCCAGUCCCUUGUGUGAACAAGCCGGAAGCCAAACUUGGGGACGUUUAUGUCUGGCCAUGGAUGGGGAUCGUCAUGAAUCCCUUGAGAGAAGCUGAUGGCGACAAGGAAGCUCUACUUGAUUCAGGUUAUUGGUUGAAGAGGCUCUCUAGGUUCAAGCCUGUUGAGGUGAAUGCCUUUUGGGUCGAGCAAGAUUCGGCUGUUGGGGUUGUUGCUAAGUUUAGCAGCGACUGGAGAGGGUUUGGGAGUGCAACAGAGCUUGAGAAGGAGUUUGAGAACCGAGGCUGCAGCAAAAGGGAGUGGAUGGAGAAGAGAGGAGACUCAGAGGCAAAGGCGUUUGGUUGGUGUGCACGUGAAGAGGACUAUAACGCUGGAGGGCCGAUUGGGGAGUACCUCUCCAAGGAGGGAAAGCUAAGAACAGUUUCAGAUAUUUCUCAAGAAAAAAACCAGGAUAGAAACAUUGUCCUGGAUGAACUUUCGAGUACAAUAGAUAUGACAAAUGAAGAUCUGAACAAGGCUCAAUACAGCUGUCAGAUGACGGAAAUGUCACUGAAGAGGGUCCUGCACGAGAAGAAAACCAUGCAAGAAGCUCAUGCAGACGAAACAAAGAGGCUGCAGCAGAUUUCGCUUCUUAAUACCAAGAGGAUCCUAUUAGAAAAACAGAGGCUAAGCGAUGAACUAGAGCAUGAGAUUGCCGACCUGCAGGAUAAGUCCAAAGAGUUGGACAAGAGGUUAGCACUUACUGAAUUGGAGAGACAGAAGCUUGAUGAAGACAAGAAAAAGAGUGAUGCUAUGAGAAACUCCCUCCAGUUAGCCACCCGUGAACAGAAAAAGGCUGACCAGAGAGUGUUGAGACUUGUUGAAGAGCAUCAGAGGCAAAACGAAGAAGCUUUGGGCAAGAUCCUUGAGCUUGAGACGCAGCUAGACACCAAACAGACGCUGGAGAUGGAGAUUCAAGAGCUGAAAGGCAAAUUGCAAGUGAUGAAGCAUUUAGGGGAUGGUGAUUGUGAGGCGGUCAAGCAGAAGAUGAAGGAGAUGAAUGACGAGCUGGAGGACAAGAAAUCUAAGUUAGAAGAGCUGGAGCAGAUGAACUCAGUCCUGAUGACAAAAGAGCGUCAAAGCAAUGAUGAAAUUCAAGCAGCCCGAAAAAAAUUGAUUGCGGGUUUCAUGACAGGAUUGGUUGGUACCCAAUCCGAUAUUGGGAUCAAAAUGAUGGGAGAAGUCGAUGAGAAGCCCUUCCUGAAUGUUUGCAAGAAGAGAUUCUCUGCAGACAAAGCUGCGGUUGAAGCUGCCACCCUUUGCUCUACAUGGCAGAACAACGUCAAUGAUUCAAACUGGCAUCCGUUCAAACUUGACAAAGCAAAGGAAGUGGUAGACGAAGAGGAUGAUCAGCUGAAGAAGCUUAGAGGAGAGUGGGGAAAAGAGGUGCACAACGCUGUUAAAACAGCUCUGGAGGAGAUGAAUGAAUAUAAUGCAAGUGGUCGCUACCCUGUCCCAGAACUUUGGAACUUCAAAGAAGGAAGGAAAGCAACAUUAAAGGAAGUGAUCACUUUCAUAUCCAAGGACAUGAAAACUGUGAAACGCAAGAGAACCUGA